AUGCUCCAGUUCCUGCUUGGAUUUACUUUUGGAAACAUCAUUGGAAUGUACUUGGCUCAGAACUGCAAGAUACCAAACCUGGCCAGAAAGCUUGAGGACAUCAAGAAGGACUUGGAUGCCAAGAAGAAGCCACCUAGCUCGUGA